AUGUUAGAUUUCAUGGAGAAUGUGCAGAAUGCAUUCUACGAAGCUUCGCACUGGAACCUCGACAACUCGUAUGGCGCGCUGAAUACUACGGCACGAGCACUGCUCGACUUCCAGAUCCCCCAAGGCCUGCGACUGCAGAUCUCGUCCCUUGCUGCGCCGAACUUCGCGACAUCGUACACGCUGGGUAGCGUGGGAGUAGUAGAUGGCUCAGUGUCCUACCUGUACUCUUCACUGCCGCUGAGGAAGGAGUUCAAGAGCUCGCACAUCGAUUUGAAGAGCGUCAUACGGGGCUACAAGCAUGUGCAAGAGCUGAGACGACCCGAUGAGAACUGGUGGUGGGAGCUCUGGCAUGCGGGCAAGCGGGUUGACCGCAAGACAGACACGCUGCUCUAUGGACGAGUGUUUCUCCCCCAAUCUAGACUCGAAGCUUUGUACUUGCGCCGCCUCACAGCCACUCGACAGCUCAGGAUCGCUGCUGUUAGCGACUCGAACCUUAACAACGGGGGAACGAUCCUCGCACUGUUGCAGACCGAUGUGGGCAAAUACAGCACCGAGUACAUGUACAGCACUGACUCGGCGCUGAUGGGCGUGCGAGGUCUAUACAAUUUCGGCGCUGACCCUAGAAAUGCGCCAACCGAACCGACCGCGGUCGAUCAAGUGGAACCAGCCUAUGGUCGCUUCAGCGCAGGCGCGGAGCUGUACUAUGGCUUAUUGAACAAGAGUGGAGGUAUAAGCACUGGCUUACGGUUCACGACACUGCCCAACCACCAGGGUUUUCCCUACACUAUGACGCUCACACUGAAUCCGUUAAUGGGCAAUCUUUCUUCCACCUACGCGGUUAAAGCUGGAUCUAGUCUGGCGCUUUGUUCACGCUUUGACUUCAAUUUUUACUCGUACGAAAGCGAGCUUCAGCUUGGUUGCGAAUUGUGGCGGCGACGCAGCAGCACUGAUGUCGAGUGGGCGGUUAAGAAACUGCGACCAGAUUGGCAGCAGCCCACCAUCUCUCCCGAUGAUGAUGUCUCUGGCGUGUUGAAAGCCAGGGUUGACCAGGAUUGGCGCGUGGGAGUGCUUUGGGAAGGCAGGAUUAAAGAACUGCUCUUCACGCUUGGUGCAAGCAUAGACCUCAAGAAGCGGGAGCAGAUCCUUCGUUGCGUCGGACUCGAGUUGCAAUACUCUUCAUGA